AUGAGCAGAGCUUCCUUUUUAAACUUGAACAAUUCUUCGCUGGCUGACUCUCCUGAGGAUGAUGGCAAUUGGACUGCAAGAACGUUUACCCAGCCUGGAUGGCAAAUAGCCCUUUGGGCUAUCACUUAUUCUUUCAUAGUUACUACAUCAGUUAUUGGCAAUGUGACUGUCAUCUGGAUUAUUGUAGCACACAAAAAGAGGAGUGUUACCAAUUAUUUGAUUGUUAAUUUGGCUCUUUCUGAUCUACUUAUAGCUGCUUUCAAUACACUUUUCAAUUUUAUUUAUGCCAGCCACAACGUCUAGUAUUUUGGCAAGGAAUUCUGCAGGUUUCAGAACUUUUUCCCUAUAACUGUAAUGUUUGUGAGUAUUUAUUCCAGGACUGCAAUUGCUGCUGACAGGUACAUGGCUAUAAUUUAUCCCUUUAAGCCCAAACUUUCUGCUGUGAGCACCAAAGUAAUUAUAGGAAUAAUAUGAUUGGUGGCUUUUGGACUCACCUUCCUGCAGUGCUUUUAUGCUGAGAUCAUGAUUGAUAAUGGAAUGACUAAAUGUAUUGUUGCCUGGCCAGAUGAUGUUGGACGGAAGCAUCAACUCACGUAUCACAUCAUAGUGAUUGCCUUGAUUUACCUGCUGCCUUAAAUAGUGAAGUUUGUCACAUAUAGCAUUAUAGGAAUUACUCUUUGGAGUAGUACAGUCCCCGGAGACCACACUAAUAGAGUCUAUAAUCACCAUCAAGUUACUGCCAAAAAAAGGUUAGAAUUUGUGAGGACCAUGGUCAUUGCUGUGAUAACUUUUGCUAUCUGUUGGUUACCUUACCACCUCUACUUCAUCCUGGGGAGCUUCAGGGAAGACAUCUAUCAACAAAAGUAUAUUCAGCAAGUAUAGCUUGCAGUCUUUCUGCUUGCUAUGAGUUCUACGAUGUACAAUCCAAUUAUUUACUGCUGCCUUAACCACAGGUUUCGUUCUGGCUUCAGAUUAGCUUUCCAAUGGUGCCCAUGAAUAAAAGCAACGGAGAGAGACAAACAAACUUAUUUACCCAUCAACUUCACAGCUGAUCCGCAACCAGCCAGCCAAACAAAGCUAAUUGAAAAACAAACAGACACACACUGAAAGGAGAAACAGAAGACAUCAUUAACCUGCACGCAUUUAACACUUGGAUUUUUAUUUUGAUGCUCUGGAAUAUUGUUCAAAAUAUAGUCUCUAAAAGAUAGUGUCGUAGAUUUUAGAAGCCUGGGAUCGAUUCUUAAUUGAUUAUUUUGUACCACGCUCUGCCAGGUGCCAUCAACAUUGAAAAUAGGAUGAGUAGUCGGUAUUUAUCGAUUUCAGAGCUGGGUGGACUUUUUCAGCCAAACCUUUCUUCUGCCUUCCCAUCAAAAAAUGCAGGUUUGAGUCAAUCAAAACAUAUCACAAAUUUAUGCAGCUUUUGUCAAAUUGUUUGAGCUGAAACAAACAAAAAAUGUUGGAAAUGUCUAAGUAGGUUGUUUCAGCAAUAAUGAAACAGAAGGGAUUUAGGCAUCAUUCACAAAAUGGAGAUGAUGGCUGGAGCAAUUGUACCCUUAUAUCCCGUAGUUAGGGCACCCACCUGGGAUGUGGGAGAUCUCCCGUUUGAAUUCCAGCUCUAGAGAAGGGAUUUGAACCCAGGUCUCCCCCACCAACAUGUAAGUAGCUACCAGGCUCUACAAUCAAUCAUUCUCUUGUGUUCUCUCACUCUCUCUCUCUGGCUAGUCAAGUAUUUCAUACAAAGUGGGCAACCAGUUGCCUGGUAUUUAGCUGGGAGAAAGCAAACCUGGGUUCAAGUCCCUGUUCCAGAGUAGGGAUUCAAACCUGGUUCCCUAGGUAAAUGCCCUAGCCACCUCCCUCCUCUCUUCUGUGAAUCUAGCCCCUUGCUUCUUUGCCUUUAUCCAAAUUAAAUAAAUGGUUAAAAUGCUUGAAAUCAAAACGAACAUUUCAUGUCAGACAAAACAUCUUCUUUGCUCCAAAACAAUUUUUCUGAAUUUCUCCAUUCACCAAAAAUUCUAAAAAAUUUCUGUCUUGGUUUGACCCAAACUGAAUUUGUUUUUGAUAUUUUUAAACUCCUAGUGUUACUGAAAAAUCAAUUAUUCACACAACUCUACUUGCACCAUGAUACGGUGUCUGUAAGCUGUACAGGCAUGUAUUUUCCAAAUACCAUCUUCGACUUAAGAAUUUCAUAUCAGCCCAUCCCAGGACUGAAAAUCAUAAUAGGGAAGAAUUCAAUAAAAAAAAUGAAAUAAAUUGUGUUAACCAAAGGGCUAAAUGAAAAAGUCCUGAUGGAAAUGUCCUUUCUUUUUCUGUUCUUUAAGAAACUUUUUUAUGGAAAAUAACCAACCUACAGCUAUAGGUCCCAGUUCCACAAUCAGAUCCAUUCAGCUGGACUCUCACUCACACAGAUCAGGAGUACAUCCACACAGAUGAGAUUGCAGGAUUGGGCCAUAGGAGAUAUUUAUAACUAAGACAAAUUAUAAACCAUAAAUUAGAGCUUGACCCAGGCUGCAAAGUUUGGCUUUGAACUUUUCCAGAGUUCUGGGGUGUUUGGGUUUUUGUUCUGAUAUGGCCUUAUAGUUUUAGUUUAUCAAUAAACAUUUCGGAGCUAUUCCUUAAAGAAUCUUUAUUGCUGGAAUUCUUAUUUAUAGGCAGUAGGACCAAAAUCUCAGCAUCAUUUCUUAUAAAUUUAUCACCAAAAUUAAACAUUUAAUAGAGAUUAUUACACAGGCAAAACAUAUGUUACCAACAUGGACUUUAACACCCAUGUAUCAGAGGGGUAGCCGUGUUAGUCUGGAUCUGUAAAAGCACCAAAGAAUCCUGUGGUACCUUAUAGACU